AUCGACUGCAGAAUUUCAGAACAAAUCAUGUAAAAAGUCGGAAUCUAAGUCAAGAUAGUCAGUUGCAACAAAGAAGGAUAUUUUACGACAGAUUCCAUACCUACGAGUAAACAGCAAGUUGUUUAUGUUUUAUCAGUACUUUUAGUAGUAUUUUAUGAGUGCUGCAAGUUGGAAGACGGUUGAAACGGGCGGCCUACUUCGUUAGAUGUCUAUAGUCUAUUUCGUCGUCGCAUUGACUAAGCACGCAUGAUUUAUUCUGAACUAUAUCGUCUUCAUGUAAGGAUCGUUCAGCUAUGUGGUGAGGGACGUAUACGCGUUGGAGUUUUUGUUGAUGUUUUAAGUUUUUCAAAGAAUUAAAAAAAUUGUUUACAUAUAUAGUGAUACACAAGUUUUCAAGGAUAAUAGACAUUCAACUAACUUUGUUAUCAUCACUUCCGUUGUAUGGAUGUUUUAGAGGAUAGCCAAGAACAGUGAGCACAAACCUUAAGUGUCGCUUGACAUUAAAUCCACCCACAUGUCAACGCUCGCCCAAUAUCAACCUGUCGCAGAAUUCUUUCAGAGGAACGGACACAUGCAGAACUCGGAAGAAGAGCCGAAUGUGUUCUCCACAGGGUAUUUACGUCACUGCAACUCGGCGGACAUACGACCGUUCCAAGCAGAGAAUGAAAGAGCGUCGAGAAGGCCUCGGUUUAGUGAUAGCGGCUCUGAUACGCCGGAGGAGCUUGUCGCCCUGUCAUUUGACCUCCUGAACCAGAUACAACAACAUGAAUUGAAAGAAUCAUCCGAUGUUGCAUCACAUUCGAGGGAGACACACAGCCCCGAUAGUCCCGUUGUCCAGUCAGCUGAUUCUAGCUCCAGCUACUCCUGUAACAGUUUUACGGAAGAUCUUGUAGGGGAGCUAAAUGCGGAAGGUUUCGUUACUGACUUCUCCAGUGGAGAGUCUCACUCAUCCAUCAGUUACUCCCCUUGUGAUUCAGUGAAGGGAUCUACCAAGGGUAUAUGUGCAGCCACAGGGAAACCCUUGUAUACCGCAGAACUGCAGGUCAUGUGUAGGAUUUGUGGGGACAGGGCUUCAGGGUUCCAUUAUGGAGUGCAUUCCUGCGAAGGGUGUAAGGGUUUCUUCAGACGAACAUUAAAGAAGGGACUUGUUUAUAAACCAUGUAAAGAGCACUCCAGAUGUCGUAUCAAUGCUGGUUCCAGAAACAAAUGCCAGUUCUGUCGCUACCUAAAAUGCCUCAAUGCUGGCAUGUCUCAAAAUGCUGUUCGAUUUGGAAGAAUGCCAAAAUCAGAAAGAGAAAAGCUUGUUGCGGAUAAAGAAGAAUUGUCAAGCUCUUGCUCAACUCGGAUUAUGGAACUUAGGUAUCACUCUGAUACCCUAAAGGGAGCAUUCCAGGAAUGCUUUUCACACUGUACAUUUUUGGCUAACUUUAUGAGCAAGUCGAGCAAAGUACAAUCGCAACCAGUCAAGGCGGAUUCCGAGCAUCUGCUUUUAGCGGGCGAUUUGAACAGUCAGGAUUUCCACGAGAAGAUGAUAUUCCAGUGUUACCAGGCAACCAUCGUUCCUGCCCUUGAGGGAUUGGUGAAAUACACAAAAAGAAUUCCCCAUUUCUCAAGUCUUGAUAUUCUUGACAGAGUACUGCUAGUGAAACGAAAUGGCUUUUGUGUCAUUACUAUUUUGUGUCACAUGCUGUGUGAAAACAACGCAAUCCAAUUUGAAGGACCAGAACCCGGACAACAGGUGUCCAUUCUGUUGCUGGGCGACGACUUUCGUUGCUGGGAAGCGCAACAAUUACUAGAGGGCAUUUUUCAGAUUGCCAGAAAAAUGGCACGUCUCCACCUCAGCACUACAGAAAUUGCUCUCCUUUGUGCAAUAGUAAUACUGCUAGAGUCUCCUGGUGUAAAGGACGCAAUCAAGGUCGAAGACUUGCAAACAGAGGCUGUCGAAGCCCUAAGACUUGAACUCAAACAUAACCACCCAAAAGAACGGUAUUUGUUACCUAGGAUACUGCUUCUUAUUCCUCAACUUGUGUCAAUAUCUGAAGAAUUCCAUGCUCAAAUCAAAGGACACCUGUUUGAUCCUUCUGAAAAGUACUCGAACACACAUGAACUACUUGUGGAAAUAUUUGAUCUCAAUUGAAUCAAGGAAAAGAUGCCAAAUGCCAUUAAAACAGAUAAGCAGACCAUUUAUCGUUUACACUCCUUGACAAGUGUUCAUGUUCGGAACAUGUGUUCUAUGUAACCGUGUACACGGGUGAGUGUAUAUGUGUAAACAUAUGAUUGACUACCUAACACGUGGGCUAACAUUAUUUACCACCAUACAUAAUAACAUGAUACUAAUGUUAAUGUAUUGGUCUAUUGGGACAGAAUGCUGAUAUAUAUAUUAUUAACACUGGGUAGAUGGUAAGAACGUUGUUUGUUGCACCGUUGUUGGUUUUAAAAGGUGAUAUUUUGUAACCAUGCAUAUGUAUUUAGAUAAAACAGGUACAGCUGAAAGAAGUGUUUUAAACGUUGUUAGAAAUACUGCAGAUCAAGUAUGUGUCCAUUUUAGUUUCAGAACAAUAACGAUUUGAAAAGUGAUGACACCGAUAACCUUAAUAACAUUGUUUACAACAACAAAGUUCUGAACAACUGACCCAAAUGUUAGUUUUUGAAAUUGGUGAUUUUUUUUAUUGUUAUUCAUUUAGCGGGGCUUUGUGAUAAUUUUUAUUUUUUAUUUUUUCUGUACACUAGUGCCAUAGAUUUUCCGUUGCAAUGUUGUGCCAUAAUGUGUUUUAGAUGUAUAUUGAUAACCAUAUUGAUACUGAAGUUUGUAACAGAUUGUUAAAUAUCAACUGCUUUGUAAAAACUAUGCUUAAUAUAUCAGAUGGACCACAUCGAAGUGUCAGAUUGAAAAAGCUCCGAACCUUUCUUCGUUAUGUCAUUUAUAUCAUUUUGCACUUAACACGGUCAUGAUCUUAACACAGUCAUGAUGAGCAGUACUAACAAGAAGCAUUAAUUUUACUUUCUCUCAUAAGCGCUUCAGUCUAAAUACAUUUCGGUCCCUUCUUUUAACAAUUCAAUUGAGAGAGAGAGAGAGAGAGAGAGAGAGAGAGAGAGAGAGGCUCUGUGCAUGCCGUUUGGUCGAUUCAAUGCAACCGAACAAAGGUGACCAGCACACCUUCGGAUGUAUACUUUGCCUGCUAAUGAUCAUUCUAUUGUCCGAUGCCAUUUGUAAUGAGCCCUAUUAGUAAGCUGCAAAAUUUAGAAAAGCAUAUAUUUGUCAUAGUUGAAACCGAUGAAAUAUUGUUAUUUUAAUAUAUGAAAUUAAUAUGUUGUGCCAUAUGUUAUAGUUGCAAUGAUAUAAUGUUAAACUGUACUGAGAAUGGAAACCAGUAUGCUAUUAUUUUCUGUGAAAACAAUGGUCAACCUUUUUUUACAUUUAAACAUGGGAUAUGAAUAUGAUGCAAAAGGCCGGUUUUUCAACUAUUAAAAUUGAUUUAUUCCAAGAAUAUGUUUUCAUAAAUGGUAAAUUAAUCAAAAUUUGUUGCAGCUAAUUGCCUCUUUUUUUACAAUAAUUUCAAUGGUUAUUACACAAAAAUAUCGAAAUACAGUUUCAUCACUGUGUGAUGUUUAAAAUCAAUCUUGCUUACAAUAAAAGCCAAAAGAAGGAACAGCAUAUAUUGGUAUGUCUGUUAAAUUUAAGGAAACAUUUUAAAAUUAUGAAGACGUAGCGUUAUUAGUCUGUAUCUUUUCAUAUCUUUUAAUUUCAAUUUAAUACUUGUUUUCCAUUCCAUUAUACAAUGCAAACUACAUGGACCACAGUGGUUUGAGGAUAUGUGAGUGAUUAAGGGCCUCAGUCUUACAUGUAUUUUCCAAGAGUACCAUUAAGGCCCCCAAUCGCUCACCCACCACUGUGAGGGGAACAGGCCAGGUAGUUACAAUCACAGCUCACAGAAAUUUAUUUCUUUGUUCCAUUUCGAAAACACUUAAUCUUCCUUAAGUGUCUGCCAUUCAUAGCCAAUGAUAUUAUUCAUCUACAUACCCAUGUAUUUAAGGUAAGAAUAUGUUGUUAAUUUAUUAUCUUCUUUUAAUAUGUACAAAUGUUGUUAAAGUUUUUUAAAUGUCUGAAAACACUUCUUUUUAUGCAAUAGUUAUGUGAAAAACUACAGAAACAAGCUCAGUAGCCAAUCACGUUGAAAUUUUCUUGGAGUUUUAUGAGCUUAACAAAGAAUGUAUAUAAUUUAGGUACAGAUAAAAAAAUUAAGCCUUUACAAAGUUUUUUUAUAUAUAAUAUGUACCUAAAUCACACGCACUUUUUUGUUUUGAUCAUUUAAGUCAAAUGAGUUAAACGUGAUAAUGCAUUGAAAUUAGAUUAUUUUUUUAAAUGGCAUCAACCUAUAUUGUAAGUUAAAAUAUAGCUUGUUGAAAAGUAAGUUUUAUGCAUUGGCUGUAGGUCCUCUUACAUUCUUUAGUUCGGAUUACAUUUAAUAACAUGCAACUUUACAGAUACUAUACAUAAACAUACACUUUAUUUAAAGUAGUUUGAUACAACACACGGUUAUGCUGUGUUCAAGUAGAGUUCUGUAAUGAUUUAAUAUACCUCAAGUGAUGUUUAAUAUUUACUUAUUGAUGAAGUAGAUACUCAAAUGAAUUAUAUAUAUAUAUAUGUAUUUACAAACUGGAAACUAAGUUUAAAGGGCAUUUAAAUUUACAAUAGAAGGCUUAGUUAGUCUUGAUAUUACUUUUUAUGUAGAUAUUUUGUAAUAUAUGAAUAUUUUGAUUCACUUUUGUUAAUAUUCUGACAGGUUCUAUCAUUCAAACUGUUUCUCAGGAAAAAGACAGGUUGAGUCUCAAACACUUUGAUAUUAAAGUUAUGCAUAACCCUAGUUUAUCAUUUUUAUUAUUUUUAUAAGACUCUAAAUAUAGUGUUUUUUUGUGUCACAUAAAUAACAUGGCAGUCUCAUAGGGAGUAUAUUGACUGGCGUUGUCGUCGGUGAGGUUGUCGUCGGCAUCGGUCGUCGGCAUCGUUGUCGUCCGCAUCCUUGUCGUCCACAAUGCCACUCUUUCCACACUUCUCUAAUAUUUAUAAAACUUGGCAGCAAUGCUUAUUGGCUAAAAAUUUCAACUCAAUUCCAGUACCUGUCAGAUCCGUAAGAAUUCCAGAGUUAUGUCCCUUGAGUUGUCAAAAUGACAGGCGACACAUCCGUUUCGCGGAAUUCUAUUAUUUUUUGUAGUCAGUUUCAAUAUGAUAACAAUUACAAUGUCAAAGACAACAACAAAGUGUAAUUUAUAUCCCACACUGAAUUAACUUUAUUUAAUGUAAACAAAAUAUUCAGAUAUAUAUAAGUAUAUAUAUAUUUCUGAAAUGGUUAAACCUAAUACUGAAAACAGACACCCGGCUAUUUCCAGCUUAGAACCCCUAAGUAUGUUUGUAAUAGAUUCAUCCUAAAGUUUUAACGCAUUGUUUCUACCUCAAAAACAUGAUGUGGUGGCUAUUUACAUGUUUUCCAAUGCCAUUUAUUACACUUUGCCCGCCUCAUACCAUAGUGUACACAUAUGUCAGAUACAUGUCUAUUAUUUUUUUCUUGUUAGGUUUUGGCGGUGGACUGAAAAGUAGUAAUGAAUGAUUAUUUUAAGGAAUCAAGAUUGCCUGCUGGAUAUUCCUACCUCUAUAUAUGUCAACCUGUUUUUGUACUUUGUAAAUGGUGUUCACAAUCGCUAACAGAAUGUUUUUGCCAAUUGUUGGCGAAACACUAUCAAAAUGUUUUGUAAAUUGUUAACUUUAGAUUUAUCCUAGCUUUUUAGGGGUGGAAGCAGUAGUUCAGCAGUUGAACAAACUAUCUGGAACUUAAAAGGACUCGCUCAUGUUUAAAAAAAUGCUCAGCAUUGUAUCACGAAAUAAAGUACAGCAAAUCAUUAGGAGGGUUAAAACUAAGAUACUGACGGCUGGACCCCUUCACCAACUGUUGAUAUACAUGUAUAUUGUCUUUGAAGUCCACGAAUUUGAAUAGCGAUAGUAGCGAGAUUCAACAAAAGGCUUAUAAAUUAAGUUUUCCUUAUGUUGAUGUAUGAGUCCUUGUGGGCAGGAGCUUUUGUCAGUUUUCUAAUCUUUCGUUGACUGUUCCGUCGUUGGUUUGCACCCCACUAAUCCAGAAUGAUUUUUUUAUACUUUAAGUGUAUUUUUCUGCAAUGUCGGUAUCAAAGAGUAAAAUAGUCAUUAUAUAAAUGAUUUCACAUGGAUGAUCGAGAAAAAAAAACAAAUGGUGCUAAAACAUGAGCGAGCCCUUUUAAAUAAACAUUAACCAGCUUACAACUAAAUUACCACCCAAUGUUCACUAUGUAAAUUUUGGGCAAUAAUGAAAGUUUUACGUUACAAAUGUACCAUAUUGGUAUAGACACUUGCAUCUGUGUAAAUGAAUGGUGUUAGAACUGAGUUUGAAGUCAAAGGUGUAUGUAAUACUUGUUUUGCAAAAGAAGAGAGACAGGUAAUGACUUGUGUUGACUGCUGAUACUAAACCAGUUUGCGUUUAUUAGUUUAAAGCUGCACUCUCACAGAUACACCAUUUUUACAACUUUUUUAUUUUUUGUCUUGGAAAUAGCAAACGUUUGCAUAAAUAUCUGCAAACCAAUGAUAUAUGAUUGCUGCCAAAAAAUCAGAUCAUAGAUUUUCAUAUUUCCGUUCGAAAAUUAAUGUUUUAUGGCUUAAACCGUUACUAACGGUUUAAGAAAAAUGCAUAAAAUAUUACUUUUUAAACUUAAAUAUAAAAAUCUGCUAUCUAAUUUUUUUGUCAGCUGUCUUAAAUAACUGGUUUCAAUGGAUUUUCGCAAAAAUUGCCUCUUUCCAAGACAAAAAAAAGUUGUCAAAACGUUCAAUGUGAGAGUGCAGCUUUACAACAUAGAUGCUGUAGUGGUGGUAAUGAUAAUAGUUGUAACUUCAAAAAUCUUAAAUCUACAGUAAUAUCACACAUGGAAUUGAGUUAUUUUUUCAGUUCCUGUUACCUUCGAUUAUAUCUUAAAUACUGGCUAAAAUUCAAUUAACACAAAUAUAUUACAAAAUAUCAUUAUUAUAACACAAACAUAAUUUUAGCUUUGGAUUAGAUAUUGAACGAAUUUUUAUUUUUAUUUUUUGUUGACCAAUUUGUGCAAAUGUGUUUAUGUUUUUACUUCGUGAUUUUGAAAGUUUGGUGAUAUAUACCAGUAAAUAGUUUGGUGAUAUAUGCCGGUAAAUAGUUUGGUGAUAUAUACCGGUAAUUAGUUUGGUGAUGUAUACCGGUAAUUUGGUGAUAUAUAUACCGGUGAAUACUUUGGUGAUAUAUACCGGUGAAUAGUUUGGUGAUAUAUACCGGUGAAUACUUUGGUGAUAUAUACCGGUGAAUAGUUUGGUGAUAUAUACCGGUGAAUACUUUGGUGAUAUAUACCGGUGAAUAGUUUAGUGAUAAAUUGGUGAUAUAUACUGGCGAAUAUUUGGUGUUAUAUACCGGUGACUAUUUGAUGAUUUUUAAUACUGAAAUUUGUGUCAUAGAUUUAUACUUGUAAACCAGUAUAACGUUUCACCAACAUGGAUUUAUUGCUUAAAUUACCGCUUUUGUUGCUUCCAUCCGGAAUUAGUUGCUAUAUUUUCUUUGCAACCAUCUAAAAAAGUGUAACAAUUACUCUAUUUUGAUUUUUCAAGAAAUGCAUAGUUACAUGUGAAUGGACUUGAUAUUACAUGUUUGUUUGUAUGUAUGCAUGAGUUAUACUUUCGUGCUUUAAAGGGACUCGCUUAUGUUUGUGAACCAAUUUUUUUAUUUUACGGGAGCUUUCUAAGCGAUUAAAAUCAGAAUCCGACCGGCAGCUCAUUGGUUGACAAAUGAGCGUAGACACUCAAUGGGAUUUGGUUUUGCCCAACCAAAUAAGAAUAAGCAUUCA